AUGGCAUCCUCGGCCCAAAAAGCAUCGCAAGAGGAGACGCCGUUCCUGACACACGACGUCGACGAUGGCUCCAUGUCGCUGCCGGGACCGAGGGGCAUGAACGGAACGGGAAAGGCAAAGCGGAGAGUACACGACCGGAUUUGGCCACUGCACCUGCUGCACGCCGCCAUAUGCCUCGCAACGCUGCUCGCAGUCUUUGUCGGAGGCUGGCAGGCUGCAUCUGCCCGGCACCCCGAAACCGCGGCGGUGGCAAGAAGCGGAUGGGAGAAGCCAGUGUCUCGACGAUGGAUGCCGGAUCGAGACUUUGACCCCGUCAUGGGCCAGCACACGGAAAUUAGCGACGCUGCGUGGGACACGAUGCAUUCCCGCUACGUAGGCAUCGAAGACCCAGCAAAAGAAGGCUACCCUCCCACGUCGCCGGCGCCAGAGUACGGAAACGUCAGCGCCUACGCAGUCUCGGCUUUCCACCAGCUCCACUGCCUACGCACAAUCCGCAGCGCCUGGUUCGCGGUGCUCGAGCGCGGCCCUUCGGUGCUGGAUGACCCGUCAGGCGUGCCGGGCCACCCGUCGACGAAGAAGGCGCUAGGACCGCACAUCACCCAUUGCUUCGACUACAUCCGGCAGGCGCUCGUGUGCUUCGCCGACGGCACGCUCGAGCCGUUUUUGGAAGAGGACGGGGUCACGCUGCAGCCCCGUGGGUCCAGCGGAUGGGGAGUGACGCAUCAAUGCCGGGACUAUGAUAGCCUCGUCGACUGGGCGCAGGAGAGGGCCAUCUUUCAGGGCUUCGGAUGCCACGACCCGCUUUUGACGCCGCCGGGAUCGCCGGAAGCAAAGGGCGGCGGCCGGCAGUCCAUCUUCUUCCGCACGUCUGUGGCGCUGGCCUACAUCUGCGUCGGCCUGAUCAUCGGCUACCUCUGCCGCAACCCCGAGCCCACCCUCUCCGCCUACGGCAUCGUGCCCGCACGCCCCGUGCCCGACGACAUCUUCACCGCCCGCCACGAGCUCGAGUUCCGCCCGGACUGGGACUUCAUCGGCAACUCGGACGCCGUGGACAAGCACUGGCGCGAUCUUCUCGGAGCAGAAACCGACUCCGUCUUCGCCGACGAGCAUGCGGCCGAAGAGGAGCGUUUUGGCGCGGCGGCAGCGGCGUAUCGCCCUAACGAGUACGUGCUGACCCCGCUGCGCCAGCUGCGGUGCCUGAACACCAUCAGGCUGCGUCUGGGGGCUGGGGGCGACGCCACUGACGCCAGCGGCGGCAAGACCAUGACCGAGUACUGUUUGGAGUAUCUGCGGCUGACCACCGUGUGCGGCGAGCACUGGACCGUCGAGCCUCGGCUGCUGCCCGGGUCGGCGGAGGCGGGGGGCGAGCUGUACGCGGCGCACUUUGGAUGGGGCCUGAAGCACAGCUGCGUGGACUGGGGGGGCCUGGAUCGCUGGCGGAGGGAUCGCGCGGAAAAGCUUAACACGACUCGGCGGCUGUAG